UCAGUUGUCAAUAUUUCAGCAUGGGUUUACGGCCUACAAAGGGAGUACUUCUUCAUGGCCCACCUGGAACUGGAAAGACUGCUUUAGCGCGAUUAUGUGCUCAUGAAGCUGGUGUAAACCUAUUCUCUGUCAAUGGGCCUGAAGUAAUUAGUCAAUAUUAUGGCGAAAGUGAACGGGCACUGAACGAGGUCUUUGAUUCAGCGAGUCAAGCAGCUCCUGCCGUGGUCUUCAUUGAUGAGUUGGAUGCCAUUGCGCCUGCUCGUAAAGAUGCAGGUGAAGAGCUUUCCCAAAGAAUGGUAGCUACAUUGUUAAACUUGAUGGAUGGAAUAAGAAGAGCUGAUGGAGUACUUGUUAUUGCUGCAACCAAUCGACCUGACAGUGUGGAACCAGCUCUUAGACGACCUGGAAGACUUGACAGGGAAAUUGAAAUAGGCGUGCCAUCUGCCAGACAACGGUAUGAAAUACUACAUACACUGAUGAGUGAAAUGGAACAUGCUCUUCUGGAAAAGGAUGUUCAAGACCUUGCAACAGCUACACAUGGUUUUGUGGGCGCUGAUCUAGCUGCUCUGUGCAACGAAGCAGCUUUGAAUUGUCUUCGUGAACAUGUUGAGUCAAAGACAUGCUUUGGCAAUACUCAUAGUAAACCUUCAAUUCGAGCAUUUGAUGGACGCCUUGGCAGGAAUGGUACCCAUUACUUGCGAGAUAAUAAAGACCUCUCUUCUGACAGUGAUUUCGAGGGUGCAUCUUCAUCUAUUUCAGAAGCAUGUAUCUCAUCAGAUAUUCCAAGAAACUUUACUUGCAUGGAACAAACAGACACUCUUAGGAUCACUUAUAAGGAUUUUGAAAAGGCUAGAAUGAAAAUAAGGCCAAGUGCCAUGAGAGAGGUUAUACUUGAGGUUCCAAAGGUAAGCUGGAAUGAUGUUGGAGGACAGAGGGAGGUGAAGAUGCAGCUCAUAGAAGCUGUUGAAUGGCCUCAGAAACACCAGGAGGCUUUCAAGCGCAUUGGCACUCGUCCCCCUACUGGAGUUUUGAUGUUCGGUCCUCCAGGAUGCAGCAAAACAUUGUUAGCUCGUGCAGUUGCUUCCGAAGCAGGGUUGAACUUUCUUGCAGUGAAGGGCCCUGAGCUUUACAGUAAAUGGGUGGGGGAAUCAGAAAAAGCUGUCAGAACUUUAUUUGCAAAGGCUAGGGCAAAUGCUCCCUCAAUUAUAUUUUUUGAUGAAAUAGAUGGCCUUGCUGUUGUACGUGGCAAAGAAAGUGAUGGGGUUUCUGUGGCAGAUCGGGUCAUGAGUCAACUUCUUAUUGAAUUAGAUGGUUUGCACCAGAGAGUUAAUGUCACUGUUAUUGCUGCAACAAAUCGGCCAGACAAGAUUGACCCUGCUCUUCUAAGACCAGGACGCUUUGAUCGAUUGCUGUAUGUCGGACCUCCAGAUAAAAAAGACAGGGAGGCAAUAUUCCACAUACAUUUGCAGAAGAUGCCAUGCAGUUCUGACAUAUGCAUUAAAGACCUAGCUCGGCUAACGAGCGGCUGUACUGGUGCUGACAUAUCUCUGAUAUGUCGUGAAGCAGCUAUUGCAGCAAUUGAAGAAAGCCUUGAUGCCUCUGAAAUAACAAUGAAACAUCUGAAGGCCGCCAUUAGACAAGUGCCUCCAUCUGAAGUUCAUUCAUACCAAGAAUUAUCAAAUAGGUUUCAGAGGCUUGUGCACUCAAACUCUGUGAAAGACGAUUAGUGUCACCAAUGAUUGCUUAUACAGAUCUAGUCGAAUUCCAUGCUGCCAUCUGGAUUAUGAUUGGAGUUUUUGCACAGAUGGAUGCUGUUGCCAUUGUUCACAUAUGCUGCCCUUCACGAAUCUGCAUCCCAUGUUAGCUCCAGCAAUAUACAGCAGGAAGAACUUGACGUAUUUGGAAUUGAUCUCCAAAAGCUGUUGAUUUAGAUGCAUCAAGGGAAAGUCCGUUCUGUAUAGUGAAGGUCAUGUACUUCUGGUUGCAGAAGCCAUCAAUAGCAAAGCCAGAAUGAGUUCUAUUGGUCACUACAGCGAGGGCAAUGUUUCAGGAAUUGAUAUUUCAGUCUGAUCCUUCAACAGAUCGUUUGCAAUCAAGGCUUCCAUACUCAUGAAAUGUUUGAUUUGAUGCUCCACUAUCGGUAUACUUCUGGGGUUUGACAAGAAAACCAGAAGUCUGCAGCAUAUACAAUGCAGUUUCAUUUGUUCAUGGUAUCUUUUGUAUUAUGCAUAAACAUUUUUGUUAGCUAUAUACAACCAAAGUGGGUUACAUUAAUAUUCUGAUUGAACAGGUCUUUCACAUCCUUUAUGUGUAAGGCCAAAUCACAGAUUAGCUAAUAUUGAUUGGUGAUGUUUUCACUAGUGGAUUGUCCAAUUUGGAAGCAGGUAUCUUAAAAGAUGUUGCUAGUGA